UUUUUUUAUAUUACACAUGCAUUAUAAGAUCGCGAUAUAUUUCGCUUUUCAGAAACAUAUCAUUGUAAAUUAAAAAAAAAUUCAAUGCCAAGAUAAUCAAAAAGUAGUAUAUCAUCAUAAUAUAGUACAUAUAGUCUUCAAUUGGACGUCGCAAUAUUGAGUCUUUAUUUUUUAUGUACGUGUUUCAAUAAGUAUUAAAGAUGUAUUCAAGUCUUACGAAAAUUAGUGGUCUAAUACGAUAUGGUAAAAUUGCUAAAAAUGUAUUUGGUAACUCAUUGGAAUAUAUAAAUUCAACAAGGUGUUUAUCAAUUGGACUACCUCAAUUAAAUAAGGCUGCAGACAUUGAAGUUACUUUUGUACGUGCAAGUGGAGAACGUAUUAAAGCGAAAGGAAAAGAAGGAGACUCUUUAUUGGAUGUCGUUGUUAAUAAUAAUUUAGAUUUGGAUGGUUUUGGUGCAUGUGAAGGAACACUUACAUGUUCGACUUGUCAUCUUAUAUUUAAGAAAGCAGAUUAUGAUAAAUUACCUGAUAAACCAGGAGAUGAAGAAUUAGAUAUGUUGGAUUUAGCUUAUGAAUUAACUGAUACUUCAAGAUUAGGCUGUCAAAUAAAUUUAACAAAAGACAUGAAUGGUUUGGAAGUAAAUGUACCAGCUACAGUAAAUGAUGCAAGAGAAACAUAAUAUUUACUUUUAGUGUAUAAUAUGAAUAGGGUAUAUCAAAUGAAAUUAUUAGAAAACAAAUAAAACAAACCUAUAGUUUAAAAAAAUAUAUCCUGUUAAGUUUCAAAAAUUGAUUUAUUUUUUUUCCAAUAACUUAAGGUCUACAUAAUAUACCGAAAUAUAAAAAUUCUAUAGUUCAAUUAUUAGAUUAUAAAAUUGUUGUUUAUAUAGUUUUUUUUUAAUAAAUUAGAUCUAUGUAAAUUUAUUUUUAUACGCAUAAAUGCAAUUUUGAAACUAAAUAUAAAAUUUUAUAAAACUUCCUUAUUUUUAUUAAAUUUUCAAGGUAAUUCAAGGCCUUAGUAUACGAACAAUGUUAUCAACAGACAACAAAUAAAUAGUUGCAAUUUUGAUUGAUUAUUUAUCAAUACUUAUUAAUAGUA